AUGUUCGCCGACCAAGCCAGCGGAUCCAUCUUCAAUCGGUGGAACGGGAAGCCCUAUUCCCAAAAGUUCCAAGAUAUACUCGACAAGAGGAAUAUCCUCUCGGUUUGGAAACACAAGGAGGAGAUUUUGGACGCCUUGAAGAAAAAUCAAGUCCUCGUCCUCGUCGACGAGACCGGAAGCGGCAAAACAACACAGAUCCCUCAAUUCGUUUUGGAGAUGAUGAUGAUGAUGAUGAUGGAAACGACCCCAAGCGACGACAUGAGAAGAAAAAAGGUGAUGGUUGGAUGCACUCAGCCUCGUCGAGUGGCGGAAAUAUCGGUAUCCUAA